AUGCACACGCGACUCACGGCGCUCGAGCAAAAGUGGGAGGCAACCAUCUUCAAGGAGUACCACCCCGAUGCGGAGGAGCAGUACAACUCUAUCUGCGACAUGGAGGCCAUGUGCACCGAGUGCGAGGAUCGCGACGCGCGGCUCGACGUGAUCGAUAUUCAGCUCUUCCACGCGCUCAACCCGAAGAGUUGCAAUCGGACGACCUGGGAGCAGGUGCCGAAGAUCAUGGGCAAGCAGGGCGACUUUGUGGCGGAGGGGAAGCUCGACGGGGAGAGAAGCAGCGUGGGCGGGUCGGGAAGGGGCGCGGGCGACGCUGAGGCGCGUUGGAGGCAGCGGUCCGCAAACUACGAGCUGGGGAAGAGCGGCAGCGGGGGGGGCGGCUUCCGCGCAGAGUGGUGGUCGAGAUCGCGAAAGGACGCGAGCCACUUGUACGGCGAGUCGAUGGAGGACGUCCUCUGCGAGUGCGUGCGAGAGGACGUCACCUCGCUCCUGCUCGACGGCGAGAUGAUGGUGGUGGACCUCGAGACGGGCCGCUACCUGCCCUUUGGCGAGAACCGCUCGCUCAAGGACUUCGGCACGAGCAUGCGACACUGCUUCGUCGCCUUCGAUCUGCUGCUCUACAACGGCAGGAGCAUGACGGGCGCGACGCUGGCGGAGAGGAGCGAGCUCCUGAGGAAGGCGGUGCGGACCAAGCAGCACGCUCUCACGCUCAUCGAGCGGUUCGAGGUGGGCGAGCGCGGCGCGGGCGCGACCACAGCGGUGAUGCGUCAGCUCGACGUGAUGAUGAGCCGCGGCCUCGAGGGCGUCGUCUUCAAGUCGCUGUCCUCAAAGUACGACCCCGGCUCGCGGGACAAGUCGUGGAUCAAGCUCAAGCCCGACUUCGUCGAUGGGAUGGGCGACACGCUCGACCUGCUCAUCCUUGGCGGCUACUACGGCGAGGGCCGUCGCCGGUCGGGCGCCGUGUCCACCUUUCUGAUGGGCGUCCGCGCGCCGCCCGAGGCGGCCAAGCGCGUGGGUGGCGCGGCGCACCCGCUGUUUUAUCCGUUCUGCAAGGUCGGCACGGGCUACUCGCUGCCGCAGCUCAGGGAGCUACGUGAGCGGCUGAUGCCGGUUUCGCACGAGUGGAAGAACAGCCGGCGGCCUGCGCACCUGUGCCACUGGGAGCCCAGCAAGCGGGACGACAUCCCCGACUAUUGGUUCGAGCCCGAGGCGUCGGUUGUGCUCGAGCUGACUGCCUUCGAGAUCAUCACGCCGAGCGAGUCCUUCCUGCCCGCAAACUACACGCUCCGCUUCCCUCGCGUCAAGCGCGUGCGGUACGACAAGGGCUGGGAGGGCGCCGAGACCUUCGAGCGGGUUGUCGAGCUCUUCAAGGAGUGUGACGGGCGGCUUUCGGCAAACAAGCGGCGGGCGGAGGAGAUCGCGGCCAGCCGCGCGAGCGCCGGGCCCGCCGCAAAGAAGCGCGCCGCAGGCGUCGCGCCGACGGUUGGCGUGCCCUGGCACCUCAAGCUGUCGGCGGACCUCGCGAAUACGGCGGUCGAGUGUUACGCGCUAGACGGCGUUGUGGCGGUGGUCAAGGGCACGCUCUCCCGGCGGCCCGGCGUCGAGACGCAGAUCAAGCGACUUGGCGGCAAAGUGCACAAGAACAUGACCAGCCUCACCACUCACCUCGUCGACGCUCCGGGCGCCGAGGUGCUCGCCGAGGUGGAACGGGCAAGGCGCGGCGGAGGCAGCUUCGAGGUGGUCACGGCUGCGUGGGUGGACGAGUGCUCGCGGGUGCACGCCCGCGUUACCCUCGAGCCACGGUACGUCCGGCACGUGAGCGAGGCCACCCGCGAGCAGAUCGAGGCAAUCAUGGACGAGUGGGGCGACAACUACACCAUCGCCGCCGACCCCGAGUCGCUCGUCGACUCCAUGCGUCUCGUGCGCGAGCAGCGCUCCGCCGGCGGCAAUUGCGGCGACAGCCCGCUGGCCAGGGAGGCGCACGUGGCGGACGCCUUGCGGGACCUCGACGACGAGACUGCGGUGGCGCUGCGAACACGCUACGCGAUGCUGCGCGGCGUGGUCGCCUACGUGCCUCGUGGCAGCGUCGCGUUGCGGCUGCGGCUGCGGCUGCUCGGCGCGCAAACCGUGGACGAGCCUUCGGCGGAUUCGACACACGCAGUGCUGUCGGCUUCGACGAGCGCCGACGAGCGGCAGCGCUUGCGGGACAAGUUUACGGAGGAUCGGGUGCGCGACGGGCGCCCCAGCUGUGGCAGGCACAUCGUGUCGGACCGCUGGCUCGCCGAGUGCGAGAGGCGGGGCCAACGCGAGCCCGAGGCGCAGGAGGACGCGUGGUUCGGUGAUCGGGUGGGAAUUAGGGACCGUGCGUUGUAGCAGAUGUGAGCGGGGGGUGACGCCGAAUCCUGAGGCCGUGAGACGCGCGGGUCUCUCACACGCAAACGAACGGUACAUGACGGUACACAUUCAUACCACACUUCACAUAUGUAUUUGUAAAGCCGUACGUCCUUCCUAUUC